AAAAACAAAAAAAAAUCAAGGAUAAUGUGGAAGAAUAGAAGAAGUAGAAGACGGCGGAGGAGGAACGGGCGCAAAACCCUUGAUGGAAGCGUAGGUCGGAUCGGUGCACUUCUUUAAAUUAUAUAUAACUUUCCUUGAUGAUCUAUUGGUUUCGAAACCGAAGAGAUUCUUGUACAUAAGAAUUGAAAUGAGCCUAUUUCCCUUGGUUUUAGUUAAUCGAGUUUUUAGCCCCUGUCGGUCUUCUUCUUUCAAUUGGCCAAAUUUGUUCUCUAAUAGGAGGAGAUUGGAUUUCCAAGUAGGAAAAAUCUCGUCUUUGGUGGAAGGACACUGGAAUUUAUCUUCUUUUUAUCACAAAUCCCAAUUUCCCUCCUUGCGGAGUUCUCGGAAAUCAAGAUUAUCAUCAAAAUGUAAUAGGAUAACACUUGCAAAGGUUGAUAGGAGCAAAGAGCGGCAUACCCAGUUUGGGAUAGAAGGGAAGCCUAGGUCGAGAAGACAGUUCUCUCUUCGGCUUCGCCCGAGGCUGCGGUUACUCUCGGACAGUCUCAAGAGAUUUUCGGUUCAACAGUUCACAAAAAAUGCUAGGAUCGCACUGAACAGAAAUGCAAAGAAGCUUACAUUAUCUGUUUGGUUUUCCCUUGUAUUGGGUUUGUUUUUUGUGUUCUUGAAGUACACAUCUAGACCUGCUUCAGUAGACGUUCCAUAUUCUGAGUUUGUAUCCAAUCUUCAGAGUGGAAGUGUGUCUGCUGUACAAUUUGAAGAGGAUUCUCGGUAUAUUUACUUCAAUAGGAAUUCUGAUGAUCAAACGGUAGCAGAGGGCUUGUCACUAGCUGCUGAUGACCUAGACGUCCAUGCACAAGGAUCUAAAAGCACCUCGUCUGUAAGAGAGAGAGGUGGUACUUCUAUUCUAAAGUGGCGGUACUCUACGAGAAGGAUCAACCAUGAUGAGAGCUUUCUUCUUGGGUUAAUGAGAGAGAAAGGAACUGCAUACAGUUCUGCUCCACAAUCUGCGCACAAAUUAUUGAGAAGCCUUGUAAUGACAUUGAUUACUUUGUGGAUCCCAUUAGCUCCAAUGGUGUGGUUGCUCUAUCGCCAAUUUUACUCGGGCAAUAGUCAUGCAAAGAAACGACGGCCUAGUAAGCAAUCUGUUAGCUUUGAUGAUGUGGAGGGAGUUGAUUCAGCAAAACUAGAACUAAUGGAGGUUAGCAUUCCCUUUUUCCCAACUCAUGCCAUGGUGUUAUGUGAGGUUUAUUGUUGUUUCAUAAGUAAUAUGCAUAAGAAUUAUUGUUUCUCCUAGAAUUUCCUUCAGUUUUUCAAAAAUCACAAGAUAUGAU